AUGGCUCCAAAAGACACCUUCUUCCGCUCGUCGGAGAUGAGCCUUACCCAGCUCUACAUCGCCAACGAGAUCGGAAGAGAGGUCGUGAGUGCAUUGGGUGAACUUGGUCAAGUUCAGUUCAGAGAUCUGAACCCCGAAACCAACGCCUUUCAACGGACUUUUACCAAAGAGAUCCGCCGUCUUGAUAAUGUCGAGCGACAACUUCGCUAUUUCCAUUCGCAAAUGGAGAAGGCAUCAAUUACCAUGAGAUCUUCCUCCGAUUUUUCGGAUACUCUGGCCGCACCUCUAGCUUCAGAGAUUGACGAGCUAGCCGAACGUAGUGAGAGCCUCGAGCAGCGCAUUUCCUCGUUGAAUGAUAGCUACGAAACUCUGAAGAAACGCGAGGUGGAGCUUUCAGAGUGGCGCUGGGUUCUUAGAGAGGCUGGUGGCUUCUUCGAUCGUGCCCACACUCAAACGGAAGACAUUCGCCAAUCCUUCGACAAUGACGAAGCGCCCCUCCUUCGCGAUGUCGAACAGAACGGUACUCACACCAACGGAGAGACUCAAGGACAGCAGAGUUUUUCGGAAAUGAACAUUGGAUUUGUUGCUGGUGUCAUCCCCCAGGACCGCAUUGGGGCCUUCGAGCGCAUCCUCUGGCGGACACUUCGUGGUAAUCUCUACAUGAACCAGUCUGAAAUUCCAGAGCCCAUCAUCGAUCCCACCACCAACGAGGAAAUCCACAAGAGCGUGUUCGUCAUUUUUGCUCAUGGCAAAAACAUUCUUGCCAAGAUCCGCAAGAUCUCGGAGUCUCUUGGCGCUUCCUUGUACGGUGUCGACGAGAACAGCGAGCUGAGAAGGGAUCAGAUGCACGAAGUGAAUACGCGAUUGGGUGACGUUGGAAACGUGCUGCGCAACACCAAGAACACUCUUGACGCCGAGCUGUCCCAGAUUGCGCGUUCGCUCGCGGCUUGGAUGAUCAUUGUCAAGAAGGAGAAGGCGGUCUUCGACACGUUGAACAAAUUCUCUUAUGACCAAGCGCGGAAGACGCUGAUUGCUGAGGCUUGGUGCCCAACAAACUCCCUCGCGCAGAUCAAGUCAACCUUGCAGGAUGUCAACGAUCGUGCCGGUCUGUCUGUCCCCACCAUCGUCAAUCAAAUUAAAACAAACAAGACCCCGCCGACCUACGUCCGCACCAACAAGUUUACGGAGGCAUUCCAGACCAUCGUCAAUGCUUAUGGUAUCCCUAAGUACUCGGAGGUCAACCCUGGUAUAUACACUGUUGUCACAUUCCCUUUCCUUUUCGCCGUCAUGUUCGGUGAUUUCGGUCACGGCUCUUUGAUGGCUUUGGCUGCCACUGCGAUGAUCUUCUGGGAGAAGAAACUUGCCCGUAACAAGCUUGAUGAGAUCUCGUACAUGGCAUUCUACGGACGAUACAUCAUGUUGUUGAUGGGUCUUUUCGCUAUGUACACUGGUUUCAUCUACAACGAUAUCUUUUCUCGGCCUUUUACCUUCUUCUCUAGUCAAUGGCAAUGGCCUGAUAACAUAAAGGCGGGUCAGGCCGUUGAGGCAACGCUGAAGGAAGGCUACCGCUUCCCAAUUGGUUUGGAUUGGAACUGGCAUGAGGCCGAGAACUCUUUGCUGUUUUCAAACAGUGUGAAGAUGAAGAUGAGUAUUGUGCUCGGUUGGUCACACAUGACUUAUGCUCUGUGCCUCCAAUACAUCAACGGUCGUCAUUUCAAGUCCAAGGUCGAUAUCUGGGGCAACUUUGUUCCGGGUAUGCUGUUUUUCCAGUGUAUCUUUGGAUAUCUGGUUGUUACUAUCAUCUACAAGUGGACCGUGAAUUGGGCGCUCACUGAUGUCAGCCCUCCGAGUCUUCUCAACAUGCUUAUCUUCAUGUUCCUGAGCCCUGGUUCUAUUGUGGAGCCACUUUACUCACACCAAAGCACAGUACAAGUGUUGCUACUCCUAAUAGCUGUUGCCCAGGUUCCCAUCAUGCUCUUGCUGAAGCCGCUGUGGCUCCGAUGGGAGCAUAACCGUGCCCGUGCCCUCGGCUACCGGGGACUUGGGGAGCAGUCCCGAGUCAGCGCGCUCGAUGAGGAUCUGGACGGAGCCCGUGAUAGCCUAGCCAGUGAUGGCGAAGGCGUGGCUAUGCUCUCCGAAGAUAUUGACGUGGAUGAGCAUGGAGAGCAUGGAGAACAUGGAGAGUUCGACUUCGGCGAUAUCAUGAUCCAUCAAGUUAUCCACACCAUCGAGUUUUGUCUCAACUGUAUUUCGCAUACUGCUUCUUACCUUCGUCUCUGGGCUCUUUCCCUUGCUCACCAACAGCUCUCUAUUGUCCUUUGGAAGAUGACUCUUGGUGCUGCCUUCGCACAAGAGGGCAACGCCAUCCGGGUUAUCAUGAUUGUGAUCACAUUUUACAUGUGGUUUACUCUAAGUGUUGUCAUUCUGUGUGUGAUGGAGGGUGUUAGUGCCAUGUUGCACUCUCUUCGUCUGCACUGGGUCGAGGCUAUGAGUAAACAUUUCAUGGGUGAGGGUAUACCCUUCUUGCCAUUCAGCUUCAAGACUCUGCUGGAGGAAGAUCCGGUCGAUUAA